GAAAAUCCCUACGUGAGACUGUAAUAAGGUUGUUUCCGCCGACACCUCCCCCCUCUCUCUUCAUUUAUUGGUCUAGUUUAGCUGUUUAGUAUCCGAUAAGUUGCGGUUUAGAUGUAUUUCAGUGCAAGCAUGCUUGUUUCGAUUCUGUAACAGCUGAGUCAAGGUUACAGUAGCUUACAGUAGGACCCAGACCGUUGACCUGCCUGACAAGAUGGGCAGCCAGCACACACACAAGGCUCACUACGACGUGGACGAGUUCGAUCUUCUGCUGGUGACAGCAAGCGACAUCCACGGGGUCAGUCGGGGUCGGUUCGUCUUCAGGAAGAGCGUGCAUGGGAUCAUGAAGAACGGACUGGGCAUGGCACAAGCCUCCCUGUUUUCCGGUGUACUGUGUGACAUCCCCCUGUGCCUGACGGAGUACGGAGACCAGGGUUGGACCAACGGCACUCUGGUCCCUGACUCGACCACCGUGCGACCGUUGUCGUGGCUGUCCUACGGCGACAAGAAGGUAGGUCACGUGCUCUGUGACUUCCUGAGCUCCCAGGGUGAGCGCGAGGUGUCUAUGAGUCGGGAGGUGGCCAACAGGCAGGUCCAGGGCCUGAAUGACCUCGGUUACGUCAUCAGCGUGUCGGCACAGCUGGAGGUCAUGGUGUUCCACAAGAACUCGCUGAAUCCAGUUCUGCUACAUGAGGACAUCACUACGUUGACGAACACACUCAUGACCUCCCUUUUAUCAAGUGGUAUCCCAGUCAUUUCCAUUGGGAAAGGUUUGGAGCCAGGAAAGCUACUGAUAGGAUUAGAACCCCAGACCAACCUGGAGGUGGCCGACUGCCUCCACCGCCUGCGCAGCAUGCUGAAAUCCCUGUGUGUUAACGCCGGAUAUGACGUCACAUUCAUGACUAGACCGCUGGCCUCCAUCAGCCCAAACAUUGUCAGCUACAGAUUCACUUUGUUGGACGCUAAUGGCAGAAACGUGUUCGAUGCAGCAGACGACCAAAUGACUUUAUCAGAAGUUGGCCAGGGGUUCGCUGCGGGCCUGUUGGCCCACCAGCAGGCCAUGACGGCCCUGGUGCGACCCACUUUAAACUGUUACUCCCAGGAGAGUCCGGACAUCACCGUUUCCUGGACAAAUGACCCCACCCACAGCAGUGCCAGACUGCUGAUAGAUAAUUCACAGACGGGUCCUCACAUUGAAGACCGCCUACCCACCCUGGCUAGUAACCCCUACAUAGCCCUGGCCUCCAUUAUAGCUGCAGGAACUCUGGAUAUUAGGAAGAAGUUAAAAUUAUCUCCAGAGUUAUCAGAUUCCACACCUGAUGAAGAAGGACCACAGACCCUGCUAGAAGCCCUUGAUAGGUUAGAAAAAGAUGAAACAUUGACGGCCGCACUGUGUCCCAAGUUCGUCAAAAGGUUUCUACUCUUGAAGAAAAACUUUGAGAUAAACAGACUGGAAGAGAAGUCUUCAGACAGAUUUGAAUUUGAACGAUCAAUUUACCUUAGAGCGUUGUAGAAAUUGUCGAUGAAAGAAAGGUGUAUAAACUAAUAGCUUUGUUAUUGUUGCUGCAUUUAAUGACAUUUAGAUGCCUAAAGUAAUAACUAAUGAAUUUAUUAUUCAUGCUGCAAAGGCUGGGAAAAAUAAAAAUUCUUUUGUUGUUGAAAAUAAACAGAGAGAUAAGAAUUUCAUUUCUUAUCAUUAAAAUUAAUUGAAAAGUUAAAAUUUCGAAAAACUUUUUUUUUACACUUAAAAUAUUAUUUCAUCAGUCUGAAUGCUCUGCUGUCAGUCAAUUAUGCAACUCGUUACCUAUUGUAUGGUACUGUCUAUAUGUAACGAAAAGAUAUAAUGCUCUAAACUUUAGCUAUCACUGAUGUGAUUAUAGCUUUCACCUUUACUGGAAAUAUUCAAUGAUCAAUAAUAUUAGAUUUACCUUCAUGUAAAUCAUUUGAGGCGUUUUAUAGAAACUGCUUUUUCUUUUAGGUAUCUCUAAAACUAAUCAAAUAAUUUAGCAUCAGUCAUGUUCG